GUAUGCGAUGAAGUGUUUGGACAAAAAGCGGAUCAAAAUGAAAGGCGGUGAGACCCUUGCCCUCAACGAACGGAUAAUGCUCUCAUUGGUCAGCACUGGGGAUGGUUGUCCGUUCAUUGUGUGCAUGACCUAUGCGUUUCAAACCCCGGAGAAGUUGUGCUUCAUACUGGAUCUCAUGAAUGGUGGCGAUCUGCACUAUCAUCUCACGCAGCACAACAUAUUUUCCGAGUCAGAGGUUCGCUUUUACGCCGCCGAGGUGAUCCUUGGCUUGGAACACAUGCACAAUCGAUACGUUGUCUACAGGGAUUUAAAGCCGGCCAACAUCCUACUGGACGAGUAUGGUCAUGUAAGAAUAAGCGACCUUGGUCUUGCUUGUGAUUUCUCCCGACGGAAGCCGCAUGCCAGCGUAGGGACGCACGGAUAUAUGGCUCCUGAAGUAUUACAAAAAGGUUGCCCCUAUGACUCUUCAGCGGACUGGUUUUCCCUCGGAUGUAUGCUGUACAAACUUCUACGGGGUCACAGCCCAUUUCGACACCACAAAACGAAAGACAAGCAUGAAAUCGAUCGCAUGACUAUGACAAUGAAUCUCGACUUCCCCGACAGCAUGUCUGCGGAUAUGAGAAGUUUGCUCGAAGGCCUGCUUGCUCGUGACGUGGACUGUCGCUUGGGUUGUAUGGGCAGAGGAUCCUUGGAAUUAAGAGAGCAUCCGUUUUUCAAAGGUGUGGACUGGCAUCAGGUUUAUUCGCAAAAGUAUCCCCCUCCUCUCAUACCUCCUCGCGGUGAGGUGAAUGCGGCUGACGCAUUUGAUAUCGGCUCAUUCGAUGAAGAAGAUACCAAAGGGAUUAAGCUUACCGAAUCCGAUCAGGCCCUCUACCAGAACUUCUCGCUCGUGGUGUCUGAGCGGUGGCAACUGGAGAUAGCAGAGACCGUCUUUGAUGUAGUGAACCAAGAAGCCGACAAGCUGGAUGCCAAGCGAGCUCGAGCCAGACAGCGUUCUAACCAAAUAGCUGAUGAAUUGGGCCCGGCCACGUGUUCCAUCGGCCCUGUGAAUGCAUAUAAUGCACCUUGCUCGACAAACUUCGGGUCAUCUGGAGGUGGCCUCGGCAACAUUCCCGUCAGUUCCUCCGGUUCCACUAGUACAGCGGGUGCGGAACUCCUGAGUACCGAUGGAUUCACAUCCGACUGCAUUGUGGAGGGUGAAGUUCUGAAACUCGGUGGCCCCUUCCUACAGACCUGGCAACGGAAGCACUUACGGUUGUUCCCCAAUCGGCUGGAGUUAUACAACAAGUCCAGAGAUGGACUUGUCCUGAAAAAAGGAGUGGACUUAAUUUCGAUGAUGGACAUCAAGGAGAUUUCUCCCGCCUUUUGCCGAGUGUGCAAAAUGGACAACUGCAUCUCCAUCAAGUUGAAGAACGAUAAUCGCUUGUACAUUACCUCCAACGACAAGGUUUUGAUCACUCAAUGGAAGGAGGAGAUUAUCGAGGGUUAUCGAUUAUCCUGCGAAAUAAUGUCCCAUAUGAACCGAAAAGCUCACAAAAUGUACGGCAUCAUCGAUCCAAUGGCAAGCAGCACGGACGGAGGUCCAGCAACCACAAUACCGAACUCAAUCGCCUCGGUCACCUUAACCGGUUCACUGGGGAGGAGCAGCCCUGUGACACUACGAGGCCAUGUAACUGAUCGGACCGAUCUCAAAUCCCAUUCUCCUCCUCAGCCGCUAACAAACCCCAGUCGCCCGCGUCUCAAUCAUCAGACAUCUAUGCCCGUCUCGUGUGGGAACACUGGCAACUCUCAUGCCUCUUUCAGCGCAGCCCUUAGUCCCGGAACCAGUGAGCAGACAGUUUAUAUGUCGGGCAUUAGUGGUCCGUCUCCGUUGUCCCAAACCAGCCGGGGCGUAAUCGAGCCGGAAGAACGUGCCACUUCUGCCGGUUUGUCCAGUUCCUCGACCAAGCAAGUAUCAAACGAGUGAUUUUAACUUCCCAUUAGUUUGGUCUAUUCUUGUAGACGUUAACCAUCUCAAAGGCAACGUUAUGCUGCAUUUUGCGAACCAUUUGAUUUGGCUGUUUUCUUGUGUGUGCUGUGUGGCGUGGGCAUUUGACUAUUUGCCACUCCGCCUUGUGUGUGUGGCCUACUCGACACGAAACGCAACAUCCCUCACACCACGAUAGCCACUUCGUUGUUUUGGUCAAACGCCACAGCCUCCACUCAUACAGCCUGAGUUUGCACCGGCAAAAGCCUUCCCGUGAUGAUUGUACAGCAAAUUACCACACGCCCACGUGACAUCAUAUUGUCGGAAACUAGAGUUGAUCACUCUAUCUUCUAUCCAGGCUUUAUUUUUCGCUGAUAUCAUCUGUUUCAUGUAUUGAUCACCCGUUUUUAUCGAUUUCUUUUAUCUCUUCUGUAUUUCACUUGCGUUGGUUGUUGCCCUCUUCCUUUCUUUGUUUCAUCACGCAGUUGUGAUAGUACCCAUUGCUGUUGCCAUCAUGAGCGAUGCAUUUGCGUCCAACAUUACUUGCAUUUAUUUCCCUGCCAUCUUGUAUGCUGUGGUCUUGCGAAUCUACCGUGGUAUAAUUCUUUCUUGCGAGAAGCGUUCUCUCGCUCACCACGUGUAUCUUCGACUUUUCCUCCUUUUCCCCAACUUCCUGCUCGGUGUACAUACGAUUGAUUGAAGUCUCUUUCUGACACAACACACUGCAGCUUGUUUCUUCCCUCUCUCUCUCUAGACCUCUGCCGUCUAACAUAGUUUUCUCACUUUGUGUGUAUAGAGUUUUUUUGUUUUCCUACCAGCUACUUUCACACUAUCUUCCUGUCAAGACUCAAGGUCAUACGCACCUCGGUUCGACACUGUCGGAAACAUGUCGUACAUAUUUUCCGUCUUAUUUCGAUCACGUGAUUCUCACUCCUCGUUGAACUUAUCGUGUAUUUCGGCUGUUCUCCUGACUUCAUCAUGCAUUUGGCCUGAGUGAUGCACACAUUUUUUCUCAACUCCCCUCGUGUGUUUCGUGAUUAUGACUCACCGGUCCUCUUAUUUCAAUCAUUUUCUUGCGCCACACGCACAUAUUCAAUCCUUGUGGUGGCUUUGAAAUAUAAACUAAUUUGUACCUG